AUGAGUCAGCAGAGGGUUGCGUAUUUUUACAACCCUGAUGUGGGGAACUUCCACUAUGGGCCCGGACACCCCAUGAAGCCGCAUAGGCUCUCGGUCACCCAUUCCCUCGUUCUCAAUUAUGGGCUCCACAAGAAGAUGCAAGUCUAUAGGCCGUAUCGGGCGAGUGCUCAUGAUAUGUGCCGUUUCCACAGCGAGGAUUACAUAGAAUUCCUUCAGAAUGUCACUCCGCAGAAUAUACAAACAUAUUCCAAGGAUUUACUGCACUACAAUGUAGGUGAUGACUGUCCAGUGUUCGAAGGCCUCUUCGACUUCUGUUCCAUGUACACGGGAGCGUCUCUCGAAGGUGCCAUGAAAUUAAACAACAACGCCUGCGAUAUAGCCAUUAACUGGUCGGGUGGUUUGCAUCAUGCUAAGAAAUUUGAACCAUCUGGUUUCUGCUAUGUCAAUGAUAUCGUGAUAGCUGUUCUCGAACUGCUUAAAUAUCAUCCGAGGGUAUUGUACAUUGAUAUUGACGUUCAUCACGGAGAUGGGGUCCAAGAGGCCUUUUAUCUGACCGAUAGAGUCAUGACAGUUAGUUUCCAUAAGUACGGCAACUAUUUCUUCCCCGGAACUGGUGAUAUGUAUGAAAUCGGAGCCGAGAGUGGCAGAUACUUCUCGGUUAAUGUACCCUUAAAGGAGGGUAUUGACGAUCAGAGCUAUGUGCAGAUAUUUAAACCGGUUAUAUCAAACGUGAUGGAGUUUUACCGCCCCACUGCAAUAGUUCUUCAAUGUGGUGCUGAUUCAUUAGCCGGUGAUAGACUCGGCUGUUUCUCACUAUCGACUCGAGGUCAUGGUGAAUGUGUGAAGUUUGUUAAGAACUUGAAUGUGCCGACUCUUGUUGUGGGUGGUGGUGGAUACACCCUGCGUAACGUAGCCAGAUGUUGGACGUACGAAACAUCAUUAUUGGUUGAUGAAAAUAUAUCAAAUGAACUGCCAUACACUGAAUACUUGGAGUUCUUUGCACCAGAUUUUCAAUUGCAUCCAGAAAUUAACAGUACAUCAAAUGCAAACAGCAAGCAAUAUUUGGAAGCGAUAACAAAACAUGUUUAUGACAAUCUGAAGAUGUGCCAACACUCCCCUGCUGUACAAAUGACACAUAUACCAGGUGAUUUCCUUCCCGAGGAAUACAGGAUAAAGGAGGAGCCGGACCCCGACAUCCGGAUAACACAAGAAGAAGCUGACAAGAUGGUCGAGCCCAAGAAUGAAUUCUUUGACGAUGACAAAGAUAACGACAAGGAAUCACUACCAGAGGUCAAGGAACCCUAA